CGCACGCAGAGCGUGAACACGGCCUUCACAGCGCUCCGCACGCUCAUCCCCACUGAGCCGGUGGACCGCAAGUUGUCCAAGAUCGAGACCUUGCGCCUGGCGUCCAGCUACAUCUGCACCUUCUGCCUCAGCAACCAGCGCAAGGGGAGCGGCCGUCGUGACCUGGGAGGCAGCUGCUUGAAGGUGAGGGGGGUGGCCCCCCUGCGAGUGCCACGGAGAUGAGCCUGGACCCCUGUGGCAUUUGCUCCAAGCAGGACCUGGAGAAGGAAGCCAGAGGCCAGCCACUGGUUGAACAGGGGAGAAGACCCCAGGAGCCGAUCCUACCCCUCGAUUGUAUAGGGACCAGAGGACAAUGGCUUGGGCCCGUGACCCUUUGGACAGGCCCCCUGGGACAUCUCUACCCCACCGUGGAGAGCUGUGAAGACCCAUCCAGCUGGCCCCAGCCCUGGCUGGUCAGAGACAAGGCAGAACUUUUGGAAAAACGAAGACUGUUGGUGACAGAGGGUGUGUGCAUGAGUGAGUAUGUAAGUGUGUGUGUGUGUGUGUGUGUGUGUGUGUGUGUGAGAGAGAGAGGAGAGAGAGAGAGAGAGAGAGAGAGAGAAUUGGUGGGUUUAAAUAAAAGGUAUUUUUAAAUAAAGGAUGUUCCCAACUGAGGAAGGGAAGGGUCUGGGGACAUCGGCGGUCAGAGGUGACCCUUCUCCUGGACCUUGGCAGAGGCACCGAUGUCACCAGUGCUGCCCUGUGCCCUGGAGGGAUGGGCUGGGAGAAUGCAGGAAGACCCCAGAAGUCGGGAUAACUAAACUUCCCUCAGAGUCUUCUUGAAUACCUGUUGUGGUUGGUAAAGAAACCUUAAUUGUAUUCAUUUUUGAAUAAGGAAUAUAUUCAUUCAUAUGGUUCAAAAUUCAAAAGGUACAAGAAGGUAUAGAGUGAAUACAAAGAUUGUCAGUGCCAAAGGGUAUCACCAGCAGAUACCUAUCCACCUACCACUUCUCUCUGCAAGCAGCCUCAGCCACCAGUUAUGAUACCCAUUUCCCGUGAAUAACCAAGCAAAUACAGGGAAAAAUACCUUUUUUCUUCCACUCUUUAUACAAACGGUAGCAUGUUACACAUGCUUUCUGCUCCUUGCUUUUUUGUUUUGUUUUCAUCUAACUUGGCUGUCAUCUCAAAUCAGAUCACAGAGGUAAAGGGUCCCCUUAUUCCUUUAGUGACUGCUUAUUGCACUUUAUGAAUGUACGAUGCAGGCAUACCUCGGUGAUAUUGCACAUUCGGUUCCAGACCACCACAAUAAAGCAAGUAUCACGAUAAA